AUGACAAUUUUAAGACCAUCGAAUAUUAUGAACAGAACCGGUUUAUUUACCUAUCGAAGGGUCACAUUGGCCAUCGUUAACAUUUCUCCUUGUUUUAAACCACUUCAUUUACCAUGCCACCGUUUGAAUUCAACAAAAUCUAAAGCUCAAACAUAUUAUUCACUUUUCCCUAAGACAUUUCCAAAUGGGCCACCACCUUCUGGACCGUUUAAAGUACCAGUCAAUGCUCUUCGCAAGGAAUAUCUACAACUACAGGCUACCGCGCAUCCAGAUAGACUAGGACCGACUGCCACUGAUGAACAACGCACAAAAGCCGAAAAUCGCUCAGCUCAAUUAAGUGUAGCAUAUCAUACAUUACUAUCUCCGUUAAGACGCGCACAGCACAUAGUUGCUUGUCGGGAAGGAAUUGCAGAUCCUUUAUCUGAAGAUGCAGGUCGAUCUCAACAAGAAGCAGCUGAAGCUCGAGCCGAAAAAGAGGUUGAUAGCUCCAGUAUAAUUACCGACGAAGACUUUUUGAUGGACGUUUUAAUGGCUCGUGAGGCUGCAGAUGAAGUUUCUUCGCCAGAAGAACUAAAGGCGCUAGUUGAAGAAAAUAAACAGCGUAUGUCUAUCAUUGAAGAGGAAUUAGAUCUUGCAUUUAAGUCGGAUGAUUUAAGUCUGGCUACUGAACUGACUAGGAAGCUAAGCUACUGGGCAGGUAUUGAUCGUCAACUGCAAGAUGUUUCUGAACAAUUUGAAUAA